AUGCUUCAGAAGACGCUCAAAUCCCUCGCUGUCGCUCUCGCCAUAGCCCACGGGGUAUCUGCCCAGUGUACUCUCUCUGCGAGCGGAGGCGAUGACGGACCCGCAUUCGCCGCGGCAGUACGUUCCUGCGAUACCACCACUGUACCCGCGGGUACUACGCUUAGCAUCGGAUCCGCGCUGAACCUCACGGGUCUGACAAACAAGCAUAUCUCAUUGGAAGGUACCAUCAAAUUCACGGACGAUAUCUCGUACUGGAUCUCGAACGCAUUCUUCAUCACUUAUCAGAACCAGUCAACAUUCUGGUAUCUGGGAGGUGAAAACGUGCUCUUGGACGGCGGAGGAACUCUGGACGGUUCUGGCCAGGCGUGGUACGACGAGUUUGCAUCAAACAGCUCUCUUGUGCGGCCCAUCUUGCUGACCGUGUUCGGUUCAAAGAACCUCACGGUCAAGGAUAUCACAUUGCUCAACAGUCCUGAGUGGGUUAACCUCGUUUGGCAGAGCUCUGACGUCAUCUACGACAACGUGAACAUAUCAGCACGCUCGACAUCGAGCAAGGAUGCGAAGAAUACAGAUGGCUGGGACAUAUAUCAGAGCGACAGCGUUACCAUCCAAAACUCAGUCAUUGUCAAUGGCGAUGAUUGUGUCUCGUUCAAACCGAACACAACCAACGUAUUGGUCCAGAACCUAUCUUGCACAGGCUCGCAUGGUAUAUCUGUUGGUUCCCUCGGGCAAUAUCCCGGUAUGUAUGACAUCGUGAAGAAUGUGACUGCGAGGAAUAUCUCCAUGAGCGAUGCUCAGAACGGAGCCCGCAUCAAGGCAUGGGCGGGAUCGAACGUUGGAUCGGGUAUCGUACAGAACAUCACGUUUGAAUACUUCACGGAGUCAAACGUCGAUAACCCUGUUGUCAUCGAUCAGUGUUACAUGACUGAUGCGGACGCCUGUGCCGAGAAUCCCAGCAAUACCUACAUCAAGGAUGUCUGGUUUAAUCACAUUUCAGGGACAUCUUCGGGAUCUGAAGGCAGCACUGUGGCUUCUCUGUCCUGCUCGCCAGAUGGGCGCUGCUCGGAUGUCAACGUGAAUGAUCUCACCCUAUCACCGCCGUCGAGCAAAGGUGAUGCAACGUACAGUUGCUCUAACGUCGAGCUCUCUGGAGACGCUGCGUCACUCUUUGGUACUUGCAAAACAACUUGA